CUUGAGCGAAAUAUUUUGUAUAGCGAAACCUAAUUUAGCGCGCAACACUAGUUCAAAUAAGCCGAUCCUAAUUCUUUUAGCAGUUUUAAAUGCUGGUGAUAAAGAUCAAGAUAAAUCAAUAUGGAAACACGC